AUUGAAAAGAAAUACGGUUCCAGUAAAGUUUGCGUUACAGGCAAAACGAAUGAAGUUUGGAUGGAGUGUGGUACGUGCGAGAACAAAUGCGGAGAACCACGUCCGUGUCCACGAAUGUGCCAGCCUGCUCGAUGUCAGUGUCUAACGCAUAAAGGAUUUCGGCGGAACAAGAACGGAGACUGUGUAAAAUGCAACUAG